CGCAUAUUUAUUACUCUCUCCUCGCUUAGCUAUCUCUUCUUGCAGGCAAAAGUGAUAUCCAAUAUCAAAUGGAGUAAUAACUCUCAUCCCAAAUCCCAAUUCUCUCUCCCAUAUCUUCAAAGACUGCAUCUUUUUGCCGCAAUUCUUGAGAAUCUUGAUCUUCUUGAACCUCCAAAAAGAAAGAAAGAAAUGGCGGCCGGCGAUGAGAAGGUGGAGAUCAGGAUAAAGGAGAGGACGACGGUGAAGCCGGCGAAGCCCACGCCGUCAAAGAGGCUGUGGAGCUCGAACCUGGACCUGAUUGUGGGGAGGAUCCACCUGCUGACAGUGUACUUCUACAGGUGGCCGGCCAACGGGUGCCCGGACUUCUUCGAGCCCGGGGCGAUGAAGGAGGCUCUGGGCAGGGCUCUGGUCUGGUUUUACCCCAUGGCAGGGAGGCUGGGCAGGGACGAACAGGGGAGGCUGGAGAUUGACUGCAAUGGAGAAGGGGCUCUCUUUGUUGAUGCUGAAACUGAUGCUUCUCUUGAUGACUUUGGGGAUUUUGUCCCUUCUCUGGACCUCUCAACAAACUUCAUCCCUUUUGUUGAUACUUCUGGCCACAUUUCUUCUUUCCCACUCACCAUUUUCCAGACUUUGAUGAACGCGUUCCUCGGAGAUUACCCGGUGAAGUUUCUAGGGUUGGAAAGUGUCGGCAGAAGAGAAUCUACGAGGGCUUGGCGUGUAGCGACCCGUGUCAGUAGAGGACAACUGGAGAUGCUGAAGAAUCCAUCCAAGGCACUACUCGACAAAGGGAAUAAUCCCCCUCACAAGGCGACAAGGCAGCUCAAGGACGAAACCAGUCACCUCGCACCACAUCAGCAUCGUGCCCCCACCCAACAGAUCAACGCUACUUCCGCUCAGGUGCAAGCCACCAAUGAGGGUACCAACAUCCCUGUGGCUGCUACCAUACCGGUCAUUUCAGCCCCGGUGUUGCCUUUUGGUCUGAGCUCUGUCCCGAUGACCAGCGUGAUCAGUCCCUUUGCGGCCCCCGUCCCUUCCGCUGGACCAAGGGUCACGUUCCCACCAAGCAUGACUCAGUUCAUGAAUGACCCAGCCAACCUACAAGCCAUUCAGGGCUUCGGUCAGGUCAUGGCCAUGUGCCAGCAGAAUGGGGGGAUGCCUUUCCUCCCUGGUAUGUUCCCGUUCGCUCUUCCAGGCGCGGGAACCAUGCCCCUACAAGCUGGUACGAAUCCGCAAGUCACCCCUGAUGGUCAUUGCGUCUCAAUUGAGAGUGAUGAUGGCGAGUGGGACGUUCCAAGGGCCCACAAGAAGAAGAAAGGAAAAAACAUCUGGCCAGCGACCUCCCGAAACUCCGCCUUCGAAAGGCUGGGGGAUAGGGAGGAAGGCCAGACGAAGUCAGCCAAGCAAAGGCUGGGGCAGAGCGUUGUCCAUGUCAGCGCGUUCGCCCGGCUAGGCGAGGUGCGGGAGGCCGAGCCUGCCCGCACCCGGCGCUCCCGGUCUAACCGGCAGGAGCCAGCGAGGACGAGGGCCUCUCGUCAAGAAGAGGAAGCAGAGAGCCAGCCCAGGUUACCGGUGGCGAACCGGUUGACCAUCCCAAAUGACCGCGUCCAGCAGAUGGAGGCAAAAUUGGAAAGGCUGGAAAAGAAGGUCGGAGAGAAGAAUGACCGGGACAAACCCCUGGCAGGGUCCCCGUUCACCACAAGGGUCCAUUUGACACCUUUCCCGCGAAAGGUCAAGAUCGACGCCCCCAGAUUCACCGGGAAGGAAGAUCCGGAAAUCCAUCUGGAUUCCUUCAACCAGAGUGCGACCAUGAACGGUUGCACCGAUGAAGAAAAGUGCCUUCUUUUCUUCCAGACCUUGCGGAACCGAGCCACUGAAUGGUUCAAUAAGCUUCGCCCGGGAAGCAUUGAUUCAUUCAGUGAUUUGGCCUCAAAAUUCAAGGCCAAGUUCCAGGAGAAUUGUACUAAGAGGAAGAAAUUCACCUAUCUUAGUACAGCCGGGCAGAGGGAGUUUGAGAACCUUACUCAGUUCCUUACCCGGUGGAAGGAAGAGGUAGACAAGGUGGAAGAGAUGGAUGACAAGACCGUCCUAUCCCUCAUCUUGAAUGGCUUGCGUGCUGGGGAACUAUACAAGGAGUUCUGCCGGAAACCCCCAACCACGUACCAAGAGGCCUACCACACUGCAUGGGAGUUUGCUGAAGCUGAAACCCAGCUCCGGGCAAAGAGAGAAGCUGAGCAUGGUCACAAGCCCAAGCCGGUGCAAGUCAAGAAGGAAGAAGCACCGGGACUUAGCCGGCCGAGGCACCACUAUGACCCGGUCAUCCGAGUGGUCAAUACGGAAGAAUGCCAAGAAAUCCGGAAAGCACCGGUCAUUCCUCCAGAAAACCCUACCGGUCAAAUGAUAGACAGUGGAGAGCUGGGCAAGGAUUACUUGCAGAAAGCCCAAGAGAAGAGUCAUCAAUGGGUUAGGCCAACUGCCCCGGGAGAUGACUGGGACAACGACCGGCGGAGGAAUAACCGGCCAAGGGAGCGGCAACCUGCUCCCGAAAAAGAGCACAUCGGCAUGAUCUUCGGCGGACCUAAGGGUGGAGAUUCAGCCGCGCAGCGGAAGAACUGGGUUCGGAGCAUUUACGUUGGAGAGGUAAGUGCUGAACCGCCCAGGCGUAAACAUACUAGGAGGGAGCCGAUCGUCUUUACUGACCGGGAUCUCCCUCCUACCGGUGAAGAUCACAAUGAUCCAUUGGUCAUCACCAUGGACAUUAAUGGGGUGGAUGUCGCCCGGGUACUUGUUGACACCGGCAGCAGUGUCAACAUCUUAUACCUGGAGACUUUCCAAGAACUCAGGUUGUGUCGGACACAACUUGAACCCCUCAAAACCCCUCUCUCAGGCCUCACGGGAGAUACGGUAGAAGCCGAAGGAUCCAUAGUUCUACCGGUCGAACUAGGAUCGGGUGAAAAAACCAUAUGGAAAAAGAUGCGGUUCAUAGUUUUGGACAUCAAAUGCGUCCACAACGCAAUUCUUGGAAGGCCAGGCAUUAAUAAGGUCGGGGCGGUGAUUUCCAUGCCCCACCUGUGCAUGAAGUUCCACACUCCAGGUGGUGUGGGUGAAGUGAAAGGCGAUCAGAGGAAUGCCCGGGAAUGCUAUGCCCGGGCAGUUAAGAAGAUGACCAAGGGGGUCAAUGUCAUCUCCCAAGAGAUCACAAAGGGAGAGACCCGGGAGAAAUUGGAGCUCGAGGCCGGGACGGUGGAAAUCGAACUUCACCCGGGUGAUUCUUCGAGGAUGGUCAGAAUUGGAGCAAAUCUCCCCGAGGAUCUCAAGGUAGAGAUUACACGGGUCCUCCAAGAAUACGCGGGCAUAUUCGCAUGGAGCGUCAUAUUCGCAUGGAGCGUGGCGGAUAUGCCCGGAAUAGAUCGCUCUGUUAUCUGCCACCGGUUGGCCGUGAGGGAAGGAAACCUACCGGUCGACAAGCCCAUUGAGCAAUGGUGGGAGAUGGCAGUUGAUGGGGCAUCUGGUCCUAGAGGAUACGGGGGUGGUAUCGUGUUCACCACCCCAGAAGGGUUCAAGAUCUACCAUGCAAUCGUCUUCAACUUCAAACUGACGAACAAUGAGGCAGAAUAUGAAGCUCUGGCUGGAGGGCUCAGACUUGCCCAAGCCCUGAAAAUCAGCCGGGUCAGUAUCAAAUCUGACUCUAGCCUGAUCGUUGGGCAAGUGACCGGUAACAUGGAGGCAAUGGAAGGACGCAUGGCACAAUACAAGGACCUUGUACUUGCCCUGUUGAAAGGCUUCGAAGAGUUCAAGAUCGCCCAAAUUCCCCGGGCGGAAAACGCGGAUGCAGGCCUUCUCUCCAAAUUGACGUAGUAUGCUCCCGAGCAUGUCUCAAAACUCGCCCGGGUAGAGAUCCUUGACCGUGCAAGCAUCGAAAAAUUGGAAGUCGCCGCCAUAACAGCAGCAAGCCAAUUUGACCGGUCAAACCUGGUCGGGGCGGACGACCAUUGGAUGUAUGAUCUGAUGGAAUAUUUGAUGGAUGGGAGCUUGCCAGAACAAGAUGACCGAGAAGGAAAAGUGAAACUCAGGGCACCCCGAUUCCAGGUUCUUGAUGGAAAACCAUAUAAAAGGGCAUUUGGGGG